AUGCCGCGCAUCAACCUCCCGCCGCUCACCCGCGGCCUGCUGCUCGUUGUCGUCUCCCUCUCCGCCCUCAACGCCGUGCUGCGAACCAACAAAUGGCGAGUCCAACUCGAUGCUGCCCCUUCGCCCAUCGCGCCCACCAACUACCUCUCCAGUCCAGAAUGGGCAAUCCCCUACCUCGUCUUGAUUCCGACCAAGAGCAUUCGCUAUCCAUGGACCUUUCUGACCGGCGCGUUGGUGGAGAACAAUCUGGUGUCAAUGGCUGUCAGUGCCAGCGUUGUCUACUUUGGAGGCAGAUAUCUUGAACGAGCAUGGGGAAGCAAGGAGUUUGGCAAAUUUGUCUUGUUUGUUACUAUGAUACCCAACGUCGUCGCUUUCUUUCUCUACGCGUUCUGGCACGGCGUUACAGCGCAUACUCCUGACUUUCCAACACCUCUCAAUGGCAUGGUUGCCUUGGAGGCCGGAUUCCUUGUCAGCUUGAAGCAGCUUGUACCUGAGCAUACCGUCUCCAUCUUCAAAGGCGUCAUUCGAAUGCGCAUCAAGCAUUUCCCGGCAGUGUUUGUCCUGGCCAACAUGCUCUCCGGUCCACUCCUUGGCACAGAUACUGCUCUCUGGCUAAGUCUCUUUGGCUUUACUACAUCAUGGGUCUAUUUGCGCUUCUUUAGAAUCUCGGAAAUAACCAGCACGGCCACAGGAGGCGAAGGUUCAGUCAUGAAGGGCGAUGCCAGCGAUACUUUCAGUUUCGUCGCAUUCUUCCCAGACGUCCUUCACCCGGUCUUGUCGCCCAUAUGCGAUGCUAUCUGGGCUGCUCUGGUGCAGAUACGGCUCUGCACCCCCUUCUCGGAUGAAGACAUCGAAGUUGGCAACGAAAACGCUGCGUCACGAUCUGAGGCCGGUCUGCCCAGCAUCAUGAAUGGCAGAGGCGGUGGUGGUGGAGGUGGACGCAGAGCGGAGGCCGAAAGACGACGUGCUCUUGCACUCAAGGCCCUGGAUCAGAGACUGAACGCUGCUGCUGCAACUCGAGGUACGAGCCCAGCACCGCCGGCCACAGCAGCUCCGUCGGAUUCAAACGCAGAAGAACCCAGUGCUGCAGCAGCUGGAGUAAGCGACUCCACCGAACCAACUACUAAGGAAGAGCAGACAUAA